AUGAUGGGAAAGCCCUGUGCCAACGGCACUUCUACUGUAGAAAAUUGCUGGGAAGAGAACGAGAGUAAGAGCAAAGGAAAAUGUAGGGGGAGAGAAGGGAGAAAGAAAGGAGUGGCGAGAAGGGGAGAGGGAGAGAGAGAGGGAGAGGGAGAGAGACUUCAGAAGGAGGGGGAGGGUCUUCAGGGGAUUCGUAUUAGUCAGCAAUUCUUUGCUCCGGGCUGUGAGGCGACGUCCUUUAAUUUGCAAUUGGAUGAUGCCCACAAGGAUGUUCUCCUUAGAAAUGAGAAUUUGGCGGUAUGCAAGACCCCAAGCCAGAAUGAGACAGGAGACAUGAAGUUCCAGAUGGACUUCGAUUCCAGGAAAAAGGGUGAAUUGAACUUCACAUACCUGGAGGAUCCAGUCAUAUCGUAUGUCUUUUCUGGGGGAUCUCAGCAGGAUGAGAGACCCAGGACCAUCGCGUCAGGUGGAAUUCGCAUCCACGUGAUGGGAGAACACCUUCAGUCCGUCUACAAGCCAUCUAUCUGUUUUAAUGGAACGACUUUUUGUGAAGGACACAACCUCGACCUUGGAGUUUCCCUGGAAGAGAUUGAAGUAUGGAUCGGAAAGGAAAAGUGCAAGGUGACCUCUCUGUCUAGGACCCAGUUGAUCUGCUUGCUACCAGACAGGCAACCUAGGGGAGGCUUCGAUGGAAAUCCACCUCUUCUCACU